AUGGCGGCAACUGCUGCAGACGACAGCGUGUUGGACGCUCGAGCUCAGACCAUUGUUGAUGGAUUCACGACGGCGCAGGACAAUACCCUCAACGAGGACUGGGUGCGUCUGUAUGCCCAGCAGUAUGUUGGCUCCUACCUCAACACUAUCUGGGACGAACCCAUGGAGGAGAAGUAUGGCUGGACCGCGUCCGAGUUUCGCGCUGUUAUCAAGCCCAUCCAGGAGAUCUCAAUGGAGGAGAACGGAGGCCACCCGAUCAUCUACGGCCUCGACUCGGUUCACGGCGCCAACUACGUCGACGGAGCUGUCAUUUCCCCCCAGCAGAUCAACAGCGGAGCAAGUUUCAACCCCGACCUCGUCUACGAAACGGGACGGAUCACGGCGCGUGACACCCAAGCGGCUGGAGUCCCGUGGGUCUUUGGCCCCAUUCUGGAGAUCUCCCAGAACCCCCUCUGGUCUCGCACGUACGAGACCUUCGGCGAGGACCCAUACCUGGCGGCCGUGAUGGGAGACGCCAUUGUCCGCGGUCUCCAGAGCUACAACCAAACGGCUGCCUGCAUGAAGCAUUUCAUCGGAUACUCCAAAACCCCAACCGGUCACGACCGCGACAACGUCAUCAUGGCGGACUUCGACCUGCUGAAUUACUUCCUGCCGCCGUUCAAGGCUGCCAUUGAGGCUGGCGCCAUCCCUCGCAUUCUGAAUGACCUGCUCCGCUCGGACCUUGGCUUCGAUGGUCUCCUGGUUUCGGACUGGGCUGAGAUCAACAACCUCAAGGACUGGCACCGCGUCGUAAACAGCUACGAGGAUGCAGUGGCCUUGUCGUUGAAGGAGACAUCUCUUGACAUGAGCAUGGUGCCCAACGACACCAAGUUCAUUGAGUACGCGCAAAACAUGCUCGAGAAGUACCCCGAGAAUGAAGCUCGUCUGCGUCAGUCGGCAAAGCGCAUCAUCAAGACGAAGCUGAAACUGGGACUAUACGAGACCCCGGUGCCUGGCGAGCAGUUUGUCUCCAUGGUUGGCAGCGACGACGACAAGACUGCGGCUCUGAACAUGGCUCGCGAGUCUAUUGUGCUUUUGAAGAACGCCGAGGACGUCUUGCCUCUGCCGAAGGACGCCUCCGUCUUCCUUACGGGCCACUCGGCGAACAACGUUGGUUACCAGUGCGGUGGAUGGAGUAAGGCUUGGCAAGGAUACUCUGGCAACUCCAUGUUCCCGAACGGCGUAAGUGUUCGACAGGGCUUUGAGAACUUGGUCGGCAACAGCUCGUUCACGUACUUCAACGGACUACUAGCGAACGGCUCCAUUUCGGAUGAGGACUCGGCUACAGCUGUGAGCCUCGCAAGCCAGCACGAGUACACGGUUGCAGUCAUCGGCGAGUCCCAGUACACGGAGAAGCCUGGAGACAUUGAUGAUCUGGCGCUGCCUGAGGGACAGGUGAAGUACAUCGAGGCGCUGCGGGCGACCAACACAAAGACGAUCGUUGUUCUGUUUGAGGGCCGUCCGCGCCUGCUUGGAUCGAUCCCCGACCACUCAAUGGCCAUUAUCGACGGUCUCCUGCCGUGCGAGCUCGGCGGUCAGGCGAUGGCUGAGAUCAUUUAUGGCGAGGUGAACCUGAGCGGAAGGCUGCCGAUCACGUACCCGAAGGACCCGGCUAAUAUCGCCAUUCCCUACAACCACCGCGUCACGACGCGCUGUACUUGGGACAACUGCUGGCAGCAAUGGGACUUUGGCUCGGGUCUCAGCUACACGCAGUUUAGCUACUCAGCCGUAACUCUAGACACGACGCUGCUCACCAGCGCGGCUGAAACGGAGACCCUCAUGCUGUUCCUGAUCCAGCCGUACCGCCUAAUCUCGGUGCCGGAGGUGAAGCAGCUGAAGAAGUUCAAGAAGAUCGAGCUUCAGGCCGGAGAGUCCAUGGACAUCGGCAAGGGGUUGAAGCGAGUGUUCGAGGACAGCGACUACGUAGUGGCCAUCAAGCCCGAGACGUGGUGCAACGUGUACAACAACAUCACCCACCCCUUGUGCGCCGAGCUCAGCGUCGACACAAGCAGCGGUGCGGGCACGGUCAACGUCGGCAGUGGACUCCCUUAA